AUGAUGCAAGCAACGCCAGCGUCUUGGCAGAUGCUCCUGGACUCGGGCUGGCGUGGUACUUCUUCGCUAAAGAAAAUACUCUGUGGUGGUGAGGCGAUGACGGAACAACUCGGCACCCGCCUCCUUGCAUGUGGUGGUGCCGUGUGGAACUUAUACGGACCGACUGAAGCCACGGUGUGGGCAAGUGUUUGGAGGGUGCGACCAGCCGAACAUGUCAUCAUUGGCAAACCUUUAGCCAACUACCGACUCUACGUUCUGGAUGAGUCUCUGGCGCCUGUUCCGCCUGGAGUCUCUGGUGACCUCUAUAUAGGCGGCGCCGGCCUGGCUCGCGGCUAUCACAACAAGCCAGAGCUCACACGAGCCAGCUUCCUCGACAGCGGGCGUGAAGACUUGAGGGGACGCAUAUACCACACCGGCGACAUCGCCUGCUUCUCUGCCAACGGGGAGCUGAGAGUGCUAGGCCGCGCGGAUAACCAGGUGAAGGUCCGAGGCUAUAGGAUAGAGCUAGGUGAUAUUGAGGCAGCCAUCACAAGCCACCCGGGUGUCUCUGGGGCGGUGGUUGUCGCUCGCAAAGAUCAGCUGUUUGCGUACUGCAUCCGGUGUGUCGGCCACAACUAUGAGACGCCUUCGCACCAAGACAAGGCACUGGGAACGGCAGUCACCAUGGACGCCAUGCUCCGCCCAUGGUUGGCCAAAUACCUCCCAUCCUACAUGAUGCCCGCUUUCUUUGUGGAAUUGGAGGCCUUUCCCUUGACGCCCAACAACAAAAUCGACCGCAAGGCUCUCCCUAGCCCGUUUGCUGAGCAGAGCCUUGAUGCCUCUCGAGAAUCUUCCUUUGAGUGCGGCACGGGCUCUGUCGGGGAGCUUGAGCGACGCAUCGUGGCCAUCUGGGCCCGCGCUCUGGAUCAUGGUAGCAUCAGUACCAAGGACAACUUUUUUCAGGUUGGUGGCAACUCUCUACGCCUCAUCCAAGUCCAGGCCGAACUGGAAAAGCUUCUAAGCCGACCAAUUUCGACAGCUAAACUGCUCGAGCACUACACCGCCGAAGCAUUAGCGGCAUAUCUGGUUGGAGGCGACAUGAACAGCCCAGUGCAGAUCCCGUCCACAGGUUAUGGACCCGCGGCUGCAACAGGUGAAGUCGAUGCCAUCGCCAUAGUCUCUCUGGCGUGUAGGCUUCCUGGAGGUGUUACUACGCCUGAAGAAUUCUGGAAGCUGCUUGAUGCAGGUGGUGACGCGAUUACGGACGUACCUGAGGAUCGGUGGAAUGCUACCGAGCUAUACGAUCCGGACCCAGAUGUCCAUGGGAAAACAUAUUGUAGCCAGGGGGGAUAUCUCAGCUCCAUCGACUCCUUCGACAUUUCAUUCUUUGGCAUCUCUCCCCGGGAAGCGCAAGAAAUGGAUCCCGUGCAGCUGCUGGUGCUGGAGAUGUGCUGGGAAGGGCUCGAACGAGCCGGCUAUCCGCUCGAGAAGCUGCGCGGAAGCCGCACAGGCGUGUACAUUGGCGUCAGCAACAUGCCAGCCCACCAAAACUAUACCCGGCCCUUGGAAGACCUCAACGGAUAUACCGCCACGGGCAGCUCCGGCGCAACGCUCUCGGGCCGCGUGUCCUAUGCGUUGGGCCUGGAGGGGCCUUCCAUGACGGUAGAUACGGCGUGCUCGUCUUCGCUAGUAACGACAGACCUUGCCUGUGCAGCGUUGCGCCGCGGUGAAUGCGAUAUGGCGGUUUCGUGCGGAGUUACGCUGAUGCUUACCCCUGGGCUUCAUGUGGAGUUUUCUCGGUUGCGAGGCAUAUCGCGGGACGGGCGGUGCCGAGCCUUUUCGGACGAUACAAAUGGAACUGGCUGGGCCGAGGGGUCGACAGCUGUGGUGCUUCGGAGGCUCCCAGACGCCCAGCGCGACGGCGACGCGAUCCGCGCCGUCGUGCGAGGCAGUGCCGUUAACCAUGGGGGACGGAGUGCGAGUUUGACGACACCCAGCGGCCCGGCUCAACAGCGACUUAUCCGUGAUGCUCUUGCCUCUUCGCGCCUCGAGCCAGGUGACAUUGACUAUAUCGAGGCACAUGGCACCGGAACCAAGUUGGGGGAUCCGAUCGAAGGGGAGGCGUUGGCCGCCGUCUUUGGGAGCCAUUCAGGGGCUGAUAGGAGUCCGCUAUGGGUCGGCUCGGCCAAGUCCAACAUUGGCCAUACCCAAGCAGCCGCAGGCCUGGUGGGCGUCCUGAAGGUUGUUUUGGCGCUGGAGCAUGAGCUGAUUCCCCGUACGUUACACAUUAGCGAGCCCACGAGAGCGGUGGACUGGCAGGGCGCAGGCAUGGCGCUGGUGCAACAAGAGAGACCCUGGCCGCGUGAUGAGCGUCGUCUGCGCCGCGCUGGUGUCAGCUCGUUUGGAAUAGGGGGUACCAACGCACAUGUGGUCAUCGAAGAGGCUCCAGUGGGAGUGGAAGCCUUGCCAUCAGGUGCCAGCGAGACUGAACUGCCACCGCCGCUGGACUCGCUUCCGUUUCUCAUCUCGGGCCACACAGAAGAAGCCCUGCGUCAACAGGCUACUAAACUGUGGCACUUUCUAGGCGACGACAACAUUGAUCAAAGUCGCCUUGGUCCUUUAGCCUACUCACUGGCCACUACCCGGACACAUUUUCGGCAUCGGCUGGUUCUCAUGGCACAGAGUAAGGCUGCUUUACGGGACCAAUUAGCCGCGGCCGCAGUGCGUCAGGGUGUCCCAUCUGUACAUACACGCCCCCUGGCCAUGCUCUUCACUGGUCAGGGCAGCCAGCUACCGGGCAUGGGUCGAGAUCUGAGCCAAGUGUAUCCGGUCUUUAGAGAGUCGCUGGAGGUGACGGCCGCUCACUUCACUCUGGAGCGACCACUGCUCGACAUCAUGUGGGCAGACGCCGAUAAUCCAGACGACGUUGCAUUGCUCAACCGCACCGACUUUGCCCAAGCUGCUCUUUUUACUCUUGAGGUUGCCCUCCUUCACUUAUGGCGGAGUUGGGGCGUGGAGCCUCAUGUCGUCCUGGGGCAUAGCCUCGGCGAGUUCGUCGCUGCGUACGCUGCUGGGAUACUGGAUCUUUCUAGUGCUUGCCGGCUCGUUGAGGCGCGUGGUCGUUUGAUGCAGACCUUGCCCCGAGGCGGCGGCAUGGUCUCCGUAGAAGCCCAUGCUAGCGAGGUAGCUGCCAUGAUCGACGAGUUGGGCUUCAACGGCAUGAUCGAUGUAGCCAGUCAUAAUACGCCGACGCAAACCGUCAUAUCGGGGGACAUUGACAUCACGGAGAGGAUGGCUGCGUAUGUCGCCGGACUAGGCCGCAAAGUUAAGCCUCUCAAUGUCUCUCAUGCUUUCCAUUCGCACCACAUGGAUGGCAUGCUCGCUGAGUUUCGAGCCGUUGUCGAAACGAUCCAGUUCUACCCACCCAGACUCGCCAUCGUCAGCAGCGUCACCGGCCAGCUAGCCGAGCCAGGCGAGCUCGAAACGCCUCACUACUGGGUGGAACAGGCCCGAAGGGCUGUCCGCUUUAGUGAUGCCAUCGCCGCCAUUCUCGACAUGGACAUUGGCAUAUUCGUUGAGCUGGGGCCCCAGCCUGUACUAUCUGGCCUCGGCGCGGCAUGUCUAAUAAGUGCCAGCAAGCACAGGCCUUGUACCUGGCUGCCAUCUCUCCAUGGUCGCAAAAGCGGCACCUUGACCAUUCAAGGUAGUGUCGUGGCCCUGCACGCUUUGCAUGUCCCAGUGGACUGGGCCGCCUACUUCAAGCCUUUUGGCUACGUGAGAGUCGAGCUGCCGACGUAUGCUUUUCAGCGCGAGCGCGUUUUGUCACUCUCCAGGUCUCUACCACAGGGGGGUCAGUCUGAUGUAAAUGUUGGUGGAAACAUGAACCUGAAGAGCGAGAGCAGUAUGUCGCUUCCACUGAGCGGAAACACCGACCUUCGCAUCUCACUGCGGUAUGCUGCUCCCAUGCAGCACGACACAAUCGUCCAGUCUGUCGUCAGGGAAGUGGUGGCCGACACACUAGGCAUUUCGUCCACCGACGAGGUUGACAUUGACAGAACCUGGCAGGACAACGGCAUCGACUCGGUGAUGGAGCCUCAGAUGCGCACCAGAUUGGCGGCUGCGACGGACAUGACCUUACCAGCCAACGUCACGACUGAGCAUCCCAACCUCAGGGCCUUUUCCGAGUACCUUUUACAUUUAAUGCGGAGAGACUCAGUCGAUUCCGAGUCUACCGAAACGGGAUCCAGUUACUUCGACUCGCCCACACAAGGCUCUGCCAUCUUUUCAGAGACGGAACUCUCGCGAACAGGGGAGCUUGAAGACAGCUUGACGUUUGAUAACGCUGUCCAGCAUCCAGGGGUGCCAAAGUCGGUGUUCCUCACGGGCGGUACAGACUUUGUGGGCGCCUUUCUGCUGCAGAGUCUUCUCGAACUGGGUAUUACGGCUCACUGUCUUGUGCGGGCUGAAAACACAGGCGAGGUCAUGGAGCGAUUAGAGGCCACCCUCGAAGGUUACAGCUUGUGGAGGCCACAAUACAAGCCCCUCGUCAGGCCUGUGGUCGGGGACAUGACGCAGCCGAAAUUCGGCUUGAGUGCGGAGGCUUUCAGACACUUGGCAGACAAUGUCGACGCCAUCUGCCACUUUAACACUUUAGCAGACUAUUCUCGACGACCUUGGGACGACUGCAUCGGUCCCGAUGUGGUGAGCACCCGUGAGGUUCUGCGCCUGGCAUCGCAAGGAAGUAGUAAAUCUAUCCAUUUCAUCUCGACCUCCGCCACCCCGUCGAAGCAUUUAGACCUGGACACAUGCCCUGAUGAGAGACAACAGAGUCAUGUCACCUCCAAGUCGAUGGCAGAGCACAUGGUGGCAGAGGCGCGACUGCGCGGCGCCAACGCUUCCAUAUACCGACUGCCCUUGAUCUUUGCAUCUUCAGAUACUGGCAUCUACGAGCCUGGCAUCGAAGACGUCCUGCACUGUCUCAUUGUUGGGAGCUUGGAGACGGGCAGGUACCCGAGCCUGGAUGCCGACCUCUCUGCCGUGAUGCCCGUUGACUACCUCUGCACAAGCCUCGCGUCCAUCAUGGUUCAGCAGCCCCGGCUCAUGGGCUGUGACGUGGACUUUGAGAAUCCACAGGCAUUACGGUUUGACGACUUCUUCUCCAUGAUGGGGGCCGGCGCACACGAGGGCUGA